AAGUCAAUAGUAAUCAGGGGACGUUGCUUAAUGGUUAAUUGUUAAAAAAAUAAAUCCUGGGGACAGUGAAAACAACGAGGGGUGGAACAAUAGUGUGAUUUUAACUGUGACUUACAUGUUGUACAUGGUAUUAUACUUAAUUAAUAGCAGGGUAUUGAUUGCGUAGUGUCUGUUGAUGGAAUUGAUAAAAUCACAGUAGAGAGUCCGAUUCCAUGGAGGUUAGCUUUUGUGAUGGGAUCCGAGGCUGUACAUGAUGGAAGUCAGUAAACACUGUGUGUUGGGAGAUGGGGAUUGCCCCUGGGUUAGUAAAACACACUGUCGGCUCGCUCUGAUGUAUAUGUAGGGAAAUUGCUCAUUCAAACACAGGUGCUGGAAGCAAUGAUUGGAUGGUUGGUGGGGUGUUGUCAUGGCACCAUCUGCAACAGAGCCUGUACACAAUACCACAGACAUCAGUAGCAUUGGUGUGUCUGUGGAACAGGCCUCAGACAAUAUUCUGCUAUGGGCUAUGAUAUGUGCCUUCGUUACAGUCUUUGGUUUGGGUCUAGCCACGUGUAAAUACUUCAGAGAUCAAUAUGACACCCCGGACAACAAAAAGAAAAGGAAAGACAAAUCUGACCGGGAAAAGAGAGAGAAGGAAGAAAAGGCGGUGGAAGGAGUCAAGAAGGAACCCAUUGCAGGGGACCAGUUCCUGCAGAAACUGAAACAGAAAAAAUCGGACAAGCAGCUGAACAUAGAAGUCAGGGCCAUAGUAAGGAACCAGGAUGAAUUUCCAAAUACAGUUGCCAUGACACCAGAAAACAUUUUGCUGAAUGUUAACCAGGAUGUAAUUACUUAUGACCACUCUCGAGUGAUUCUUUAUGACGUUCCCCAGGAUGAGGGCUGUUCUGACUAUGUUAACGCCAGUUUCAUCGAUGGAUACUGUCGUGAUAAAGAGUACAUAGCAACCCAAGGACCCAAACAGAGAACAGUGCCCUCAUUUUGGAACAUGGUCUGGCAGGAGGGCGUCCACUGCAUUGUCAUGGCUACUGGUCUGUUUGAAAAUGCCAAUCAACAAUGUGACAAAUACUGGGGAGAUGUAUUCAGCAUGCAUAGAUAUGUCAAGCAUGGCGACAUCCACAUCUGGCUGGAAUCCACUGUAGAGAUAUCACAGCUGACAAUCCGGACCAUAAGGAUACAAAGGGAAGGUGCCUCUACACAAAGGAUGGUGAAGCACUUUGAGAUGAUUGGAUUUAAUGAUGAAGGGACGGAUGCCGGAUUGGUGUUGGAUUGUCGGAGAAGAGUCCGUGACUACAUGCUGACAUCCACUGGCCCAAUUCUGGUUCACUGCAGGUGUGGUGGAGGUAAGACUGCAGUGUUCAUAGCUGUGGAUUACUGCCUGAAGGAGUUAGAGGCCGAGGGCUAUGUGGAUAUUUAUAGCACUGUUCUUCAUCUCCGCAAAUUCAGAAAAAAUAUGGUCCGAACCUUGUUUCAGUAUCGCUUAGUGUAUGAGUGUGUAGCUAUGUAUGUGCAGUGUGGGAUAACAGUGGUGCCAGCAGUGCAGUUCCCUGCCUUAGUCUCAAGACUAUCUGUAAAAGAUCCCAGGACCAGAAUGUUGGGGUUUGAAAGAGAGUUUCAGACUCUGAAAUCCCAGGUGACCAAACUCAGCAUAGGAGACUGCGCAGGUGGCCACAGGUCGGAGAACCGCAGCAAGAGUCGAGACAUCAUGCUCCUUCCGCCUGAACGAGCACGCCCCUAUUUGUUGACUGCUGAAUCCAGUGAACAUGCAACAGACUUUAUCAAUGCUGUGUACGUUGAUGGUUAUUAUCAGCAGAACAACUUCCUGGUUACCCAGUGGCCCUUGCAGCAUACCGUCCCUGAUGUCUGGAGGCUAGUGUACGACUACAAAAUUACUUCCAUUGUGGUCCUCAAUGACUCCAAAUUUUCAAGGAAUUGUCCUCGCUUUUGGCCAACAGAGCUGGAUGAGGAGCAGAAGUUUGGACCAAUCGGAGUGAAGUAUUUAGGGAGCCACAAAGUGGCGCACGUGACCAUCAGGGCAUUUGCCAUCAGAAAACUGCCUAGACUACAGUAUGACUCAGUUCUCAGGCAUCUGGGGUCUGAUGCUCUGAACAUUACUUGUAUACCAUUAGGAGAUUCAAACCAGGAUACGACCAUUGUCAAGAUGUUCCAGUUGAAUAGUUGGCCUAGCAAAGAAAAGACACCAUUCUCUUCCAAGUCUCUCAUCUACCUUAUGGGAUUCGUGGAGGAAUGGCAGCAAAAGACAAACCCUCUGAACCCAAUCCUAGUUAUGUCCAAAGAUGGCUACACUAGGGUGGGUGUGUACUGUGUGAGUAAUUACUGCUGUGAUCAGCUGAAGGCAGAGGGGGAAGUGGAUGUUUUCAAUGCUGUCCGAAUUAUUAAAAAGAACAGACCUGCACUUGUGCCAAAUGUUAUGGAGUAUAUUUAUUGUUACUCAUUCAUCGUUUUUGUGAUUGAGAUUAUGCAAGAGGACAAGCCUAAAAUAGUGAUUACUGGACCAGCUAAUAAGGCCGGCCAAGUGAACCGUGGUUACGACUUUACGAAUCACCUACCGACUGAGGAAACAUCCAGUCUAACGGCCACAUCCGAGUGGAGCUAUGUAACAGCUUACGAUGUUUCUAUUCACCGAGUUGGCUCAAAUUUGGCAGCAAGAGGAAGAGUGACUACUAGCAUCUCUCCGGUUUCUCAGCUUCAGAUCCCGACAGUAGACAAGACUCCGAGUAGUUCCCAGCCCAGCAUUAGUAGUUAUAGAAGUCAAGAUCACACACUUUCCUCCUGUAACCGCACUCCCGUCUCCGAGAGGACCAUGAGAAUGUCAGAGAUGCAGGCCGAGGAGAACAAUAACUUUUUGGAGCGCUCAAACUCCAACAGUUCCAGUGUGUAUUAUUCUAGUGAUUCUAUAGAUAACUGCUCUACUAGCCAGGCCGAGGGGUACACACAGAGUCGGAGCGUCCGGGCGAAGGAUAUCGGUAACUCACGAACACGAAGACCCACGCUGAAACGCCAGAAUGCCGAGGAUGUGGUGGAACUCAAGUCCAUGCAGAAACGAAGCUAAUAUUACCUAAUCGCAGAAUGUCUGUUUAAUUGUGACAAUCUUCUCAUUUCUAAUUCAGCUCACUUAUAUUUGCUUUGCUUUUUGUUUGUUGAACACCCUUUGACAACAGUGCCUCAGUCUUUGAUCAUAUCCAUUUUUUGACACUGUCUGUCCGAUAGAUUGGGUUUUACAUAUUGUUCCCAUGUGGAUGCAUGUAAUUAGCAAUAAGAAUGUGGAGGGUCUGGUUUGAUUUUUGUGGUCUAUAUGUACCGUAUUUGUGUAUUGAUAUUUAGAUUGUGGGUAUUGGGGUGUAGGCCUAUGUGAAUUCUCUGUACCAUUACCUGUGCAUUUUUACCUUUUGAAUUUGGUUAUUCUGUACUCUGACAAUUGCAGGUCAGAAUAUAUGAACUUCAUUGAUAUUACCGUUACCACAUGUCCAAGCAAUCAAAUGGUUGUUGAACGUCGUUGUUGCAUGUUUAUAUCCUUUCAUUUUUAUAUGCCCAUCAAAGACGGGAUGUAUUAUGGUAUGGAGCCAUCCGUUUGUCCAGACCUUGUAGGCAAAAUACAAAAUGAACAGUAAGCUUAAAGAUCUUGCAACUUGGUACAUUUGAUCACCACAAUGAGAGGAAAAUGCCCAAUGUUUUUCAAGGUCAAGGUCAUUGUAUCACUUUGUAGGCAGGAUACAGAUCAUACUAUUAAGGUUAGGACCGUCAAACUUGGUAGACAUGCUCCUCGUGCCAAGUGGAGGAUGCCUAUUGUUUCUCAAGGUCAAGGUUGCAGCAUCACUUAUUAGAAAAACCUUGUUUUCGCUUUGGAUACAGAUAUUGCCCUGAAAUUUACUCACAAGCAUCUUCUCGGAGAAAUACAUGACCAGUUCAUAUUUCAACUUGAUUGGUGCAUCAUGACCAACUUUUGGGGUAAAAGUAGGUCAAAUAGUUUUCUGAACUCUCAUGGAUACUGAUAUUGCACUGAAGAUCUAACAGGCAUAUGUUGUACCAUUUGUGGUUCUCUUGUUUUGUCACCGUGAAAUUAUUUGAAGUUGAUAUUAGACGGCAGUGUAUCUGUAACGAGUAGCAUUGUCUGUCAGAUAUAUCUGUAACGAGUAGCAUUGUCUGUCAGAUAUAUCUGUAACGAGUAGCAUUGUCUGUCAGAUAUAUCUGUAACCUGUCCUGUUGGCGACUUAGAUUUUCAUUCUGUAUUCAAGUCUUCCAAAUUUACCCAAUUCUCUUAAAUGCCAAAGAUACCAUUGCUUUGUGUUAAUCAGUUGUCAUUUUAAUUUUAACCUGGAUGGUUUUGUUAUGAAUUCAUUCCAAUGCUUUGCAUAUUGUUUUUUUUUUUUUGGUUUAACAGUGUAAAUAGUACUCUGUUAUCUCGCUGUUUUCUGUACAUUCCAUACUCAGAAUUCCUUUUGAUGUUGUUUGAUGGAGAAUGGAUCGAUAUCCUUACACUGUUUGGGAAAAGCAUUGUGUAAUUGACACAAUUUUUCAAUAGGAUUUGUUUUUAAAUUGAUAUAUUUGAGUCUAGCUUUCUAUAACUUCUAGGAAGUUUGAAAAUAUCAAUGUUGCUGGUUGAGAGUAUAAAUGAUUUAUUAUGCGAGAGCACUGCAUGCACAUCUUUUUUAGAAGCCCUAGUCAUUGUAUGAAGUGGGUGUCACAUUCCUGGAAGAUCACAGUCUCGUUCAGACUUUCUUCGGUGUAAGAGGAAUUUCAGAUUUGGAUGGUGUAUUGUGCCUUGCAGACUCUGUUGCAUUAUAAUUACAGCAGUCAUUAAGAUGUCUUGAGAUCUCUUUUUGUUUUGUUGAACUUCAUCAAAUUUAGUUAAAACGGAAUAGCAGAUCUCUUCACCGAUUGUACUCCUCAUUGUGUAUGGAAUUUUCUCUCUCUAAUGCACUGUAACCCGGUAUUAUAGUGUUCACGCCUUGUCUUUUUUCUUUUUACUCGGUAACAGGGAACUGAAGAUAUCCGUAUAUAUACAAUGGACUAUAAUUAAUAAUCGGAGUAUUUUUCAUCGGAUCUUAAUCUCAAUGUCAUUUAAUUUCUGUAAAAUCAAAGAUUUCCCUGUUAUGAAGAACAUAUUGUAUUGAAGGACAAGAUUGAGUACCUCUUAUUUUCCACCCAACGACAAAUUAUGAGAGUGAUGAUACAAGGUAUGCGAUUCUGGCGACCAGAGGAAAUACUGCAAACAUACAUCUCGGUACACAGUACGUUUAUACUGCAACUUUUGUAAAGUACAAUGUACCAGCUGACUGGAUAUAGGUACUAAUGCAAUACUAUCGGUGUGUUGGCAGUAUUUUUCUGCAGAUGAAUGGACUGUGUGCAAGAAUCGUUUUAUAUUUUUCUACUUGUAUUUGGAUUUUUUAUAUCAUUGAAAAAUAACUUUCUCAUGUUAAUCCAGAUUUUAUGGAUUAGAACAAUAAAACCAAUAAUUGGCAGA